CUGGGAAGGGUUUGGAGAGUCCUGAGGGGGCUGGGAAGGGUUUGGAGAGUCCUGAGGGAGCUGGGAAGGGGCUCAGCCUGGAGCAAAGGAGGCUCAGGGGGAAUUUGUGGCUCUGCACAACUCCCUGCCAGGAGGGGACAGCCAGGGCGGAUUUGGGAUCUUGUCGCAGGGAACAGGGACAGGAGGAGAGGGAACGGCCUCAGGCUGGGCUGGGGAGGCUCAGGUUGGACAUCAGCAGGAAUUUCCUCCUGGAAAGGGCUGGAAGGGGCUGCCCAGGGGGUUUGGAGUGCCCAUCCCUGGAGGUGGCACUGAGUGCUCAGGGUGAGGAUUGGGCACAGCUGGGACACGAUGAUCCCGAAGAGAUUUUAUGAACAAAUUCAGAGCCAGCUGGAUAAAAUAUGAAAUCAGUGGGGACAGGGACAGGUGGAGAGGAACCUCAGUACAAACUCUGCAAUUUGGGGUCCCUGAGUGCUGCUGGGAGGCCCCUCCUGAGCCCUUGGGGACACAUUUGGGGUCACAAGCAGCCACCAGAGCCCUCACCCACCCCCAGCUCCGACACAGCAGCUCCGUGGUGCCCUUUUAUAUUUUUGGCUGCAGUGGGGGGAGGAUCAUGGCUGUUCCAAGCACUGCCCUAGAAGGAGCUGGGGAGCAGCUGGGAAAGGCUGGAGAGAGGGGGAACCUCAGUGCCACAUUCCCCAGAUUAGAUUAGAGCUCAGCCCUCGGAGGGGCCAGGCUAAAGCUGCAGCAAAAUUGGGACCCCAGCCAGGAAGAGCUUCCAAAAAUAAAGCAGAGUGGGUCAGAGGGACUGGAGAGGGGCUGAGAUGCUGCUAGAAAAUAUGAGGAUUAGGAGGAAAUGAGCUGUCAGUCAUUGGGAGAGGAUUCCCACCCUAAAAGCAGCCCCUGAAAUGUCAGAGGUGACAGCAAUUGGACAGGGGAGGUGGAAUUUGAGCGUUGUCACCACACAGGAGGCAAAACACCACCCCUGCCCUGCAGGAAAGUAUUCUAGGCUUAAAAAGAAAUAAAAUCCUGCACCAUGGAAGAUAUAUGUUCCAUGGAUAGGAUGUCUUGAAAUUUGUCAAAUCCUUGGUUGGGCUGUCACCACUGUCACCUAAACAACACCACCUAAACAACAACUCAUCAAAGGGGUGCUCUGUCCCCAAAAACUGCAUCCAUGGUGGCACUGGGGAAAAACUCCAAAGGAUAUCCAGCCCAGCAAAGGCAGGGUGAUGGCAAGGGGGCUGGGAAGAGCAGCCAGAAUUAAUUAUCUGUGAUAAUUUGUUAUUAAUUUUCUCUGAUAAUAAAUGACCUGCCUGAUGGUGUGGAUUUAUUUCCCUUUGUGAUGGUGCAGCCUCCUCCCAAGGCUCUAAAGAGCUGAAUUUAACAGGAUCACAAAGGCUGACUUGGCUCCAAAGCAGAUAUUCCCACAGAUUUGAUUUUUAUGGAAUACCUCUUCUCCUCUUCCAACUAAGAGCAGGUUUUUCCACUAAUACUGACUGAAUACUCCAUCAAAUACAGAUGAAUACUCCACAUUUACUCAAAGCUUGCUGGUGGUGGAUUCUGAGUGCAAAGCCCACAGUACUGGAGGUUUGAUUUCCAAUGUGCUUUGAUCCCAAAAUCCUGCACAGCCACGCUUUUCCCACCUCCUUUGCCCCAUGGCAUGGCCAGGAUUGGUCCCUGGGGAAACCUCACCCAGGUUUUUAAUUAAACUCGGCUCAGGCAGGAUUGAUACAAACUGUAAGUGAUUGAAAUUGAGAGUGAGAUGCUGGGAUAGUUUAAUAUAAUCCUGAAGGGAACAAAAAAGAGAGGGAAAACCCCUCCAACCCAGCUGUACCCCAGUGCACUGGGAAUUUCUGGAACAGAAAGGAGGAAAAUACAGAACAAUGGGAGAAGUAGCACUGCUGCCCACUGCGAAUUCCAGCUGGAUUUUCAAAUAUUUGGGAGAAGGUUCUGGCUUGGAUUUACAGCUCCAACCAGGAGAUUUCCCCCUCAGAGUCCUGCAUGAGGAGGAUGGGAGGAACCACAGGAUGCUCCAGUGGCCACAGCUCGGUCCCAGUGUGCUGGGGAAGAUGGCAGAGAAGCAGGAGGAGCCCAGCAAUGCCCAGAACGGGGAACCCGACAACGCCGAGGAGGGCGAGGGGAAGAAGAAGAAGGUGAAGAGGGAGGACCUGCCACCCUUUGAGAUUGUCACAGGGGAACGCCUCCCAGCCAUCUUCUUCAAAUUCCAGUUCAGGAACGUGGAGUACAGCUCGGGCAGGAACAAAACCUUCCUGUGCUACGUGGUGGAGACGCAGGGCAAGGAGCCGGUGACCAGCCGGGGCUACCUGGAGGACGAGCACGCGGCCGCCCACGCCGAGAUGGCUUUCUUCAACACCAUCCUGCCCACGUGCCAGGCGGGCGCCCGCCACGACGUCACCUGGUACGUGUCCUCCAGCCCCUGUGUCACCUGCGCCCAGAGGAUCUGCGAGGCCCUGCGCAAGAACAAGGGGCUGCGCCUCACCAUCAUGGUGGGCAGGCUCUUCAUGUGGGAGGAGCCCGAGAUGCAGGCGGCCCUCAGGAGCAUGAAGGAGGCGGGCUGCAAGCUGAGGAUUAUGAAGCCUCAAGACUUUGAGUAUGUCUGGAAGAACUUUGUGGAGCAGGAGGAAGGGGAGGAGGCCAAGUCCUUUGUGCCCUGGGAGGAUAUUCAGGAGAAUUUCCUGUACUACGAGGAGAAGCUGGCGGAGAUCUUGCACUGAGGCUCAGGAUCAGAAAGGAUCCAUGAAGAGAUGUGACAGACCUGGGACAGUCCUGCUUCCCAAAGCUUUGAUUCCAGCAGGAUGGAGAACCAGCCUCUGGGAAACAAGGCCCUGUGGGACUCCAAACACACACACACAACACAGACCUCUGGUGUUUGGGAUUUUUUGGGUGUUUUUUGUUCCUCCCCCUCCCUGCCCCAACCAAACCCAUGCUGUGGUGAAAGGGAUGGCAGUGAUCCACAGGCAGGCUGUGGGAUCACAUUCUGGGAAUCCUUCAUGGGAAAAGACCUUAGAGCAAAGCUGCUGGUUAGGUAAAUACAUUAGAAAGUGGAAAAGAAAGGGAUUUAAGGUGAAAAAGAAGUUUUCUCCCUCUGUUCUCCUCAAUAGUCAGAGCUGUGAUUUAAUUCAGGGCCAACAGCUCUCUUCCAAAUCUGAUGGAGCCCGAGAACUUGAUAUCAAACAAUGUUAUUUGGGAUAUAAACCUGGGAAAAGCAGAAUGAAAUAAAAUGGGAAGCCACUGCAAAAGCCAAAACACUGUUUAUUCCUUCUUCUCUACUUGCAAGAAGUCCUAAAUUGAACCUGACAAGUCUGAGUUCAAGGACAUCCCGGGACAGCCACACAGGGAAUAUUUUGUAGCUGGGAAGGGAGAACUAAAUGCCAAAAAAAUUUCCAGAGUACACACAACUGUUGGAGAGCAGGAUCAUUUUCCAUGUAAAACAAAGCUCACGGGGAUACCAUGAGUUAGGAACCAGGACAAAAACCCAGACACAAAUAAGGGGAAGGACUGAAUCCAUGAGCAGCCUCAGUGCCUGUUCUGGAUCAGCUCUCUGCUCCAAAUUCCUCUUUGUUGUUUUUCCCAGCUACAGCAAUUCCCCACCAAAGAGUUCUACAAAAUAUGGGCAGGGAACAAGGAGAGUAAGGAUAAAGACAAACAGGA